AUGACGAGCGAACACUUUAACCACUAGGCCACCCGACCGCUCGAGAGAACAAAAGGAGGAUGUGAAGGAAGACAUUUAGACCCAUUGGUCACGACUACCAGGAACUGUGUUAUCUAAACUACACAUACAUCCGCUCACAAAGCCUCAUCACCAUGAUCCGGUUCUAACGAAGCCUUGUCCCGCACAACAGAUAUCUACGUUCCCGACCUCAGGUCGUCUUUAUUGUAAGGUUAAAGGGCCCCGUGGACAUCCUCUUGAUGGAGGCAGAAACCGCCAUCAGCAACAUGACACCUUCUGAGCCUAACAUAUCAUCAACAACGUUAUGGACCAACGAGAACCCCGACUACUCGAUCUCAUCUAUGAACACGACACCACAGACAGUUGGAUCCUCCGAAUAUAUGUUUGAAAGACACGGUGCAGAGAUAAUAUUUCUUUUAUCCAUGUUCUUCUUCGCCAUAUUUGGUAACAUCCUUGUCAUCUACAUCUACCACUUCCGGUGGAGGCGUUCCAACUUCAGCCUGUUUAUUGAGGUGCUCGCAUUUCUGGAUCUCAUCAACGCAAGCAUUACCAUUCCCUUGUUCCUGGUGAUCACCUUUGACGAGAGUCGGGGCGAUUUCGCUCAGCUGUGUCAAGGGGCGUCCUUUGUAGCGAUUAUGACUGCUAUGGGAUCGGGGGUGAUUCUUGUUAUCAUUGCUUUUGAUAGAAAUCGUAAAAUAUGCAAACCUCUGAAGAGAGAAAUCAGCCUUAGUCUGACUCGCAGAUGCUGUCUCUUUGCCAUUUUCCUGGGCAUCUUAUUAGCAAUGCCAUCCAUCUUUAUAUACGGGGAAAAGGAUAUGCCUUUUGAGGUCAACGGAGUGAGACUAAAUAUCACACAGUGCUACUUUACAAAAAGCAGUGGCCCCCUAUUUUGGUCAUUCAUGUCGCUCCUUGGAUUUGUGUUCACAGUUGUCAUGUUUGCACUGGGUGUGUUGUAUGUGUCGAUGUACAGGGCACUGAGGGUGCAUCUAGCUCGCCGUGAAUCUCUGGGGAGCUCCAGACGCCCGUCCACCACCAGCUGUAAGCCGAACACCAUGAGAUCGCAGAAGACGUCGGCGAAAAUAUUUUUCGCGGUGACAGUUGCUUUUUUCAGCAGUUACUUCCCUUUCUUCAUCGCAGUGACAGUGUUCCUCUUCGGCUAUCAUGGCAGCGAUUUGUCGCCUGGCGUAAAGGCUGUCGCUGACAUCGCUAAGUUAUCUCCACUCAUGAGUAAUGCUAUCAACCCCAUCAUCUACAGCGUGUCUUCCCAACGUUUCAGGAAGGAGCUGGUCGAUGUGUUCCGAUGUGCAGCUCUGAAGCGAACACCAUCGCAACGUGCGCGACAGAUGGUGCAUAUCAAGACGCACACGUCAUCAACAGUAGACUGAGGUUAUCAACAAUGGGAGCAACAUGUGUGAAGUGCUACUGAGACUUUAGCUUAGACCGCAUUGUCAUCCAGGGCCCCAUUGCACAAAGCGAUCUUAACGCUAAUGCCGUCUUGCGUCUGUGUUAGAGUAUGUGAGUUACGAUCAUCGUUGAUCGCUUUGUACAUGAUAGUCCAGGCCCCGAUUUCUCGGAACAAAUUUAAGUUUUUUCUCAAAUUUUGACAAUUUUGAAACAGCUGAAUUUUUAACUCAACUGCAUUUUUCAAAUAAAACAUCAAAACAACUUAAGUAAUCUAUCCACAAAACUCAAAUUGACUUCUAUGUUUAAUAUCACGUUCAGUUCAUUCUGGGAAAUGCAGUUUCUCAAAUUUGAGUCAAAACUCAUACUUAAGUUUGUUUCGAGAAAUCAGGGCCAGAUCAAUUAAUAAACUUUCAGGACAAAAGGGAAAGCGCACCCCUGCACCCCAUCCCUCCCCCCACUUCCCCUCUCUGGAUCCGCCUAUGCCCAGAACCUGUGUCUUUGUAUAUAGUGAUAUUAAUAACUGUAUAUUAUAACUGCUUAAAAUGAAACAUUGAGGACUGAAUAAAUAAAAUUGAUGCUUUUCA